AUGUCCAGAAUCAAAUUCGCCAUCCUCGAUGACUACCAAAACCUCUCCGCCAAGCACUUUGCCCACCUCACCUCCCGCGUGGACAUCUCCUACUUCCCCGACACCCUCGACCCGCGCGACCGCGUACAACAGCAGCAGCUGAUCGCCCGCCUACGCCCCUUCGACGCCAUCCUCGCCAUGAGAGAGCGCACUCCCAUGGCCGCGGAAACAAUCGCCGCCCUCCCCAACCUCAAACUCCUCCUAACAACAGGGAACCGCAACCUAUCGCUCGAUCUCCCCGCGCUCACCGCGCGCGGGAUCCCCGUCGCCGGGACCGUCGGCCGACCCCCAGGCGUCAACUCCACUGUCCAACACACCUGGGCGCUGAUCCUCGCUCUGGCGCGGCACGUCGCGCGCGACGAUGCAGCCGUCAAAGCGGGGAAAUGGCAGGGUUCGCUGGGGGUCAAUCUGUCCGGCAAGACGCUGGCGCUGCUGGGACUUGGCAAGCUGGGCGCGCAGGUCGGGCGGAUUGCGGUCCUCGCGUUUGGGAUGAAGGCCAUCGCGUGGUCGGCGAACCUGACGCAGGACAAGGCCGACGAGCAGGCGACCGCGCAGGGGUUACCGGCGGGGAGCUUCGAGGUGGUGCCGGAGAAGCUGGAGUUCCUGCGGCGGGCGGAUGUGCUCAGCGUGCAUUAUGUGUUGUCUGAGCGGAGUCGGGGGAUCAUCGGGGCGGAGGAGCUGGCUGCGCUGCGUCCGGAGGCCAUGAUUGUGAAUACGUCGCGGGGUCCGCUGAUUGAUGAGCGGGCACUGCUGGAGACGCUGAACGCUGGUCGGAUCCGGGGUGCGGCGCUCGACGUGUUUGAUCCGGAGCCGCUACCUGUUGAUAGUCCGUGGCGGACGACGGCUUGGGGUGUUGAGGGGCGCAGCGAGGUGCUGUUGACGCCGCAUAUGGGAUAUGGGGAAGAGGAGCUGAUCAAUGGGUGGUAUAAGGAGGCGGCUGCGAAUUUGGAGCGGUGGUUGGAUGGUAAGGAGCUGCAGGUGAGAUUGAAUUGA